GAGCCCAACGUGGGGCUCAAUCCCAGGACCCCGAGAUCAUGACCUGAACUGAAACCAAGAUGCUUAACCAACUGAGCCACCCUGGCAUCCCUUCGUAUCCCUUCCUAUGCUACUUUUGAUUCUAUUAAUUGGCCUUCAUAUAGAUUGUUAUAUAAAGGCAUGAAUACUUCUGUCUACUUCAUAGAUAUCUUUAUUAUUAUAAAUAACAUUCUGAUUUAUCCACCAAGUGCUUGAGGGUUUGCUAAUGUAUCAGUCUGGCUGUCACUUUUUACACAGCUGACAAAUGGAAUUUGUGAAACUACAAGGCUGGAAGCCAACCAUGAUUUUUGCUGAUGCGGUCACAUUGCUAUCUAAAUAGAUUUUGUGUGAAUUAUUAGACAGUAUCCCUGGGCAACAGUUCUUUGUCAUUUUCCUGUUUCCUGGGACAGUGAUAUCCCCUUCCCCACCUUUUUUUUCCCCCUAUGAGCAGGGCUCCCAGUUUUCCAACUCUGAAGUGUUUUUCAAUCAAAACAAAGAGAAGAUUUGUGGAUGUUGAAUAUGCAAGGAGCUGAAGAGAGAGAGCUUGGAAGAGAGGUUUGUCCAGAUUUGAUGAACAAGUCUGUUCCAGAGCAGGAUGCCUUUGAAAUUGAUUCACCAAGGAUAGGAGCAAAGAGAUUACAAGAGGAUGCAUACCAGGAUUCUAUAUUUGAAGAAAAAUAUGCAUGUGGGAGCAUGAAGGAAAACUCUUCUGGAGAGGUUCCUGGACCAUGCCUUUUUCAAGAAGGAGGUUUUGGGGAAAUAACUUUUAUCCACAAGGAAGCAUCUCCUGAAACAAUUAGCCAAGAAUAUAAUUUUGAGAGAAGCUUGCUUUUGACCUCUAGCUUUGUUACACAUCUCAGGGUUUCUACAGAAGAGAGCCUACAUCAGUGGGAGACAAGUAGCAUAACUAAUGAGAUUUCAGACCAAAGUAAAUGUCCAACUCUCUCUACACAGAAAAAGUCUUGGGAAUGUAACGAAUGUGGAAAAACUUUUACUCAGAGCUCAUCUCUUAUCCAACACCAGAGGACUCAUACUGGAGAGAGACCCUAUGCAUGUGAGGAAUGUGGGAAAGCCUUUAGUCGUAGUUCCUUCCUUGUUCAGCAUCAAAGAAUUCACACUGGAGUAAAACCAUAUGGAUGUGAGCAAUGUGGGAAAACCUUUCGAUGUCGAUCAUUUCUUACUCAGCAUCAGAGGAUCCAUACUGGAGAGAAACCUUAUAAAUGUAAUGAAUGUGGGAAUUCCUUCCGCAAUCAUUCACAUCUCACUGAACAUCAGAGAAUUCACACUGGAGAGAAACCUUAUAAAUGUAAUAGAUGUGGGAAGGCAUUCAAUCAGAACACACACCUCAUUCAUCAUCAGAGGAUUCACACUGGUGAGAAACCUUAUUUAUGCAAUGAAUGUGGCUCUUCUUUUCGCAAACACUCAAAUCUUACACAACAUCAGAGAAUUCACACUGGGGAAAAGCCUCAUAAAUGUGAUCAGUGUGGGAAAACUUUCCAAACAAAGGCAAACCUUUCUCAGCAUCAGAGAAUUCAUACUGGAGAGAAACCCUAUAAAUGUAAGGAAUGUGGCAAAGCCUUUUGUCAGAGCCCAUCCCUUAUUAAACACCAACGAAUUCACACUGGAGAAAAACCCUAUAAAUGUAAGGAAUGUGGCAAAGCUUUUACUCAGAGCACCCCACUCACUAAGCAUCAGAGAAUUCAUACAGGGGAGAGACCCUACAAAUGCAAUGAAUGUGGUAAAGCCUUCAUUCAGAGCAUUUGCCUCAUUCGGCAUCAGAGAAGUCACACUGGAGAAAAACCCUAUAAAUGCAGUGAAUGUGGGAAGGGCUUUAAUCAGAAUACUUGCCUCACUCAGCAUAUGAGAAUUCAUACUGGAGAGAAGCCCUAUAAAUGUAAAGAAUGUGGGAAAGCCUUUGCUCAUAGCUCAUCUCUUACUGAACAUCAUAGAACCCACACUGGUGAGAAGCUUUAUAAAUGUAGUGAAUGUGAGAAAACUUUUCGCAAGUAUGCACACCUUAGUGAACAUUACAGAAUUCACACUGGUGAGAAACCUUAUGAAUGCAUUGAAUGUGGAAAAUUCUUCAGACAUAGUUCAGUCCUUUUCAGACAUCAGAAACUUCACAAUGGUGAAUAACCCUGGUGUUCAGGUUAUGACAGCUUCUCUAGAAAGAGUGACCAGGAAUCUGGCUGGGAGCAGUGGGGCAAGGAGAGUUCUUGGAGGGAAGGAUGAAGGAACAUCGACCAUUACACUCAGAAAAAUAUUUCCAGUUGUGGAGUUAGGAGCUUGGAAAAUGCAGAGCCUACUCCAGCUGGGCAUCUGGGAAUACAAGGUGGAAAGGAAAUUCCUGCCUUAUGGAUAAAUCCUUGCCACCUGCCACUCCUUUCUCUUGUGACUCUCAUAUCUUAAGGUACCAUUUGUUAACACUAGUGUUGCCUUUACUAUACUCCUGCCCCACCUUCCCAACUUGUGACCCCUGUUCUGUGGCAGUCGGCUGGGGUAUUUCCUAACAUUCAAUGUGAAAGUUGCAGCGGUUCUGAGGUAGAGCUAAGCAGCCUUCAGACAUCUGAGGCUGCUCUGAACAUGUCAUCUGUAGAAGUGUUCUCAUGAAGGGGAGAUGGAAGUAAGGGAAAAUAAAGAAUCCUUAUUCAUUCAUACAACAGAUAAGGGGAUAUGUGGCAAGAACUGGGCUGAUACAUUUACAGAUAUGUUUGCGAAGAAGGCUUUUAUCAGGGUAAGGGAGAUCUUUCCUGAUCCUUUCAAGCUGGAGGGCAAUUUGUGGCUAAAAAGGAAGGAGAAGGUCAAGAAGAACUUCUCUUGAAUGAUGCUAGUUUGUGGAGUCGGAUCUGCUUAGAGAGGCACAAAGAGGAAGGUCCAACCUUUGCCCAGGGGAACACUGACAUCCAGGAGGGAAAUGAUGUGCUCUAGGCUGCUGGUGCUGAGGCCAGCACAGGAAGCUUGUGUUUGACCUUUCAGUUCACUUUCAUAUCCCAGCCCUGGACUAAGGUGUACACCUGUCUCUUACAAGUUUGGGUGGACCACUGGUUUGCAGGGUCCAGGGGAAAGAGACCCACCAGGGUUAACUAUGUUCAAAAAAUGUUAAUUGACGUUUAGGGAGGAGAAACCAUUAGUGAAAAAAGAAGAUGGCCUUUUAGGUUGGCUGGACUUGGGGCUGCUGGACCAGUCCUUAAGAGAGUAUUGGUCGUUUUAGCAGGGAGAGCUGGAUUUCAUGUAAUUAUGCCAUUGGUGACUAUAAGCAGAUUUAUUACAUUUCAGAUGUUUCUAUUUUUAUUGGACUAUCUUAUUCUUGGAUAUUUACCCUUCCCUGCAGGUUAGGAGUAUCUAGGGAAACACUCAUGGGAUAAAUUUGCAAAGUGUAUUAGAUAGGACUACCUCUUUUUAAAAUCCCUGAAUAGUACAGUUUGCCACUAUGAUAUUCUUUUUAAGAGAAAGGGCAUUUCCCCCCUAUUUAUCUCCUUACUCUUUUUCAUGUUUUUUACUGUAACUGAGAGAUUAUGUGAGGAUUGCUUUUGACUAUUUGUAAUAAUUUCAAUGCCCUGAAGCUUAUAUAGUCUUUAAAAUAAUGACUGUUAAAACAAAGUCAGUUGAUUCUGGAAUGGUUGGUUACUUAAAACUCAGCAUUAGUUUUUUUUUUUUUUUUUCUUUUUUUCCAGAGCAGCUAUCCUGUAAGCAGUGGUUUGAGAUAUUAAUCACCAUUAAUGGGAGUGUGGCACUCUCUUCCUCUCCAGCUACGAAGAUUAUAUUCUCAAAACCUGCCACGGGGCAACUCAUAAUUGAGUAAAUUAAUUCCUUAUGGACAAAAAUAACCCUGUUAAAACUUUAUGGUCAUGAAAAAUAUUACUCAAAGAAAAUAUUGAUGUAUUUGUACUUCCUAAAUGAAAAUAACACUACAGAAUUUAUUGCUGGCACAUAGUAAAUGUUCAAUAAAUAUUUGUUGAAUUAAUA